CUCCUCUCAAUCUUAUUAGAAUUAUCCACCUUGACGUCUAAGGUGGAGGCUUAAUUUGUGUUUAUUGUUUCUAUCGUAUUUGGUCUUUGUUUGUUUCUUUCAUUUAUUUAUAAAGUCAACUAUGGCUCGAUACUUCAAGGAACAAGACAUCGAUGAAUUCAGGGAAUGCUUUUACCUCUUCGCUCGUUCGGGACAAAUCACCAGUCUUGAUGAACUUACCGUAAUCAUGCGAUCAUUGGGCUUAUCGCCAACAAUCCAGGAACUUACAAACUACCUGAAAAAGAAAGGUGGUAAAAUGAGUUUUGCCGAUUUCCUCGAGGUGAUGCAUCAACAUUCCAAGGUUGAAAAUUUGCCGGACGAAGUAAUAGCAGCGUUCAAGGCAUCGGAUCCGAGAAACAAAGGAACCAUUCCAGCACGUCAAUUGCGUCAUUUGUUGCAGAAUUGGGGAGAAGGUUUAUCAGUCAGAGAAGUUGAUAACAUCUUCCGGGAGGCUAAUGUUAGCAACAACGGAACUGUACGCUAUGCGGAUUUCGUGAAGAUUUCUUGUGCUCCAGUUCCAGAUUAUUACUAAAGAAAUAAUCAAAAAGUGUACUUACUGUUAGCGAGGAUAUUUUGAUAUCCUUGUAGUGAAACAUUCCACGAUCUUCCUUAAAUAGUUUAUUUUCUUUUUCAAGUAACUUAUUUUGAUUGUAAAACAAAACAGAUUUUUCAAUAAUAAAUGUAUUUUUUUUAACUUA